ACAGUCCGUAGGGAGUUGUCGCCAAAGUCAUCCAUUAAGUCGCAGGCAAUCCGGAGGUUCCGCUCCCGGAGAAACCAUAAUUUCCUCGGGAGCCACGGGUAACGUGAGUUCCGGUAGGUGUUGCAGCCGGAGAUCGGCUGCCAUGGCCGCCACCGGAAAACCCAUCUCUACAUCCUCUGCCUCUUCUUCCCUGGCUGCUAAACCUUUCUUCGACUUCUCACCGGAUUCGGAGCCGGCAAAGCUUGUUCUUUCUCCGGAUGAACUCCGUUACUCUUCCGAAGCUCUUCAAGCUUUGAAGGACAAGCUUUUCAAGUCACCUCAAACAAUACGGCAGGAGUUCCUCACCUUGCAGGCAAAAAGGAUGAGCCGUUCGGAUAUGAUGAGUAGAUGCACAGUGGCUUUUGAUAGUGUGAACCGUGACAAAAAUCGUUACAGUGACGUCCUGCCAUUUGACAGUAACAGGGUUGUUUUGGACCCAUGCAAGGAUUACAGACCAUCAGCAAGGGGAUAUAUUAAUGCAAGCUUCAUUGAGAUGUCUGACAAGGUGUCUCGCUUUAUUGCAACACAAGGUCCUUUACCACAUACCUUUGAAGAUUUCUGGGAGAUGAUACUCCAGAAUCAUUGUCCUGUGAUAGUUAUGCUUACACGAUUGGUAGACAAUUACAAGGUACUCAACUGUCUGGAGUACAAGAUGAUGAAAUGUGGAGACUACUUCCAGGCAGAGGAUGGGCCUAGAGAAUUUGGCAAUAUAUGUAUUGUCACAAAGUGGAUUAAAACAGCUAAUACUUCAUUGGUCUUGCGAUGUUUAGAGGUGAAAUACAAAGAGUCAGAAGAACCACCUUUAAAUGUAUUGCACAUCCAGUAUCCUGAAUGGCCUGAUCAUGGAGUUCCUAGGGAUACCCUUGCUGUGCGUGAAAUUCUCAAAAGAUUAUAUGAUGUACCUCCUAGUCUUGGACCAAUUGUGGUGCAUUGCAGCGCAGGCAUUGGUAGAACUGGGACAUAUUGCACGAUCCAGAAUACCAUCCAAAGGAUUCUAGUUGGAGACAUGUCUGCUUUGGAUCUUGUUAAGACUAUAACCCUUUUUAGGUCACAGCGAAUUGGGAUGGUUCAGACAUUGGAGCAAUAUCUCUUCUGUUAUGAUGCUAUUGUUGAUGAGCUUGAAGACCUGAUCUCGGAUGGCAGUGGCCAAAGGAGCUCAUAUUAGUGUAUUUACCACCGAAAGUUUUGGAGGACAAGUAAAAGUUGAAUGUCUUGCUUUGCUGGAUAAAACCAGAAUCACCCAUCAUCUGUUUAAUGCUCAGUCAGAGAUAUCUUUUUCAUUUCUCCUCUUUAUACAACUGAUGCAUCACCCUCAUGCAAGUGUUCACUAAUGUAGAAGUGAAAUUGAAUGAGCUGGCUAAAUUUACCUUUAGGAGCUAAACUUUCAGCAUAUUGCAGAGAGCAUAAUUAUUUGGCUGUACGUAAUGUAGUCAUAUUUCCUUAGUACUAGAUGUUGUAUUCUGUAGUGGUCAAUACUCGUUCUUUCGAAUCAGAGAUUUAUGACAAUCUAUAUAAUGUCAAUGUUUUUGGCACUCUA